ACAUAAAGCAAAUAAAAAUCUAUUAAUAACUCCACAUGUAACCCCUGAUGACGAAUCUUAGUGUUCCACUAGAAUGCUAAAUUACAAUUGCUACCAGGGCUGUUAGCUUGUCUAUAAGUGUUAGUAAGCGUUGCGUGUACUUGUACGCACUCGUACACACUCGAGUGUGUCAUGGAAGUCCGAGAGGUAAGCCGAAGCUUUCGUCACUGCCUCUUUGCAUCCCACUCCUCCAACCCUAUAGGUUGUAAUUUAUUGCCUGGUAAACACGUGGGCAUAGUGUUUCAAGCGCCACACAAGAUAAACAACUACUACGCUUUGACGACGGUGUCGUCUCGCGAGAGCCGAGGCGCUCCCUCUGCGCUCGCCUAUUAUGAGAGUUUCCAAAGUCUCGCGCGACGUGGUAAGUUUCCCACGCCUGUUGUUGUGGCGUCUGCCCUUUUCUCUCUCUCCCUCCCCCUUUCUCUCUCACUCGCUCUCUCUCCUGAGUCUUCCUCUCCCUCCCCCUAUUUUCUCUCCGUCUCCCUCGUCCCUUCACCUCCAGUCUGCUUCUGUUGUCUCGGCGGAUUGUUGUACGUUGGGAGAGGAAGAAGAGAACGAAGGGAUAUCGCGAGUAUUGGAGUUUUGGUGAGAGUUUGUGGAAGAUGGCGCCUGUUGUGACAGGGAAGUUCGGGGAGCGCCCUCAGCCACAGCGCCUGACAAGAGAAGCAAUGAGGAAUUACCUGAAAGAGCGGGGCGACCAAACCGUCAUGAUCCUGCACGCAAAAGUUGCACAGAAAUCUUACGGCAAUGAGAAAAGGUUCUUCUGUCCUCCCCCCUGUGUCUACUUGAUGGGCAGCGGCUGGAAGAAAAAGAAGGAGCAGAUGGAGCGGGACGGCUGCUCGGAGCAGGAAUCGCAGCCCUGCGCCUUCAUCGGCAUCGGAAACAGCGACCAAGAAAUGCAGCUUUUGAACUUAGAGGGAAAGAACUAUUGCACAGCCAAAACUUUGUACAUAUCCGACUCCGACAAGAGAAAGCACUUCAUGUUGUCUGUCAAGAUGUUCUAUGGCAACAGCGCAGACAUCGGCGUCUUCCUCAGCAAGAGGAUCAAAGUUAUCUCCAAACCCUCCAAAAAGAAACAGUCCCUCAAAAACGCUGACUUGUGCAUCGCCUCAGGGACCAAAGUUGCACUGUUCAACCGUCUGAGGUCUCAAACAGUCAGCACUCGUUACCUACACGUGGAGGGAGGGAACUUCCACGCCAGCUCCCAGCAGUGGGGGGCGUUCUACAUCCACCUGUUGGACGACGAGGAGUCAGAAGGAGAAGAGUUCACUGUGAGAGACGGUUACAUCCACUAUGGUCAGACGGUCAAGCUGGUCUGCUCCGUCACCGGCAUGGCUCUGCCCAGACUGAUUAUCAGAAAGGUGGACAAGCAGACAGCGCUGCUGGACGCCGACGACCCCGUCUCCCAGCUGCACAAGUGUGCCUUCUACCUGAAGGACACGGAACGCAUGUACCUGUGCCUUUCCCAAGAAAGGAUCAUCCAGUUUCAAGCCACUCCAUGCCCAAAGGAACCAAAUAAGGAGAUGAUCAACGACGGAGCCUCCUGGACAAUCAUCAGUACAGACAAAGCCGAAUACACUUUCUACGAGGGCAUGGGCCCGGUCCACUCACCUGUCACGCCUGUGCCUGUAGUGGAGAGUCUACAGCUAAACGGUGGCGGUGACGUGGCAAUGUUGGAGCUGACGGGACAGAACUUCACUCCUAAUCUUCGGGUCUGGUUUGGAGAUGUGGAAGCUGAGACCAUGUACAGAUGUGCAGAGAGCAUGCUCUGUGUGGUACCAGACAUCUCUGCCUUCCGCGAGGGCUGGCGCUGGGUGCGACAGCCGGUGCAGGUGCCCGUCACGCUAGUUAGGAAUGAUGGCAUCAUCUACUCCACCACGCUGACCUUCACUUACACGCCGGAGCCUGGGCCACGGCCGCACUGCAGCGCUGCUGGUGCCAUCCUACGAGCAGGAAACUCCAGCCUGCUGAGCGCCAACAGCCAGGAAGCCAUCUACGGCCCCAACAGCACCUCCACUGCCGGAGGAGUCACUUCCUCGUCCUCCACCGCUGCAGCGGCGGUGGUCUCCUAACGCACACCAGCCCCUGAGAGCAGGUGAAGCCGAGUGUGUGCAAAGACUUCUGGG